AGGAAAAUAGAGGAGAACAACAAAAGGUUUGAAAACACGCGGUUAUUUUUCUUCUUCUCUUGAAUAAAAGCGUCUUCGCCGCUUCACAAAUUAGCUUCAAAACAUUUUGCAAAGGUUUUUUGCUUUCAAAUGGCGAAUGUUCUGUUAAGUGAAGCUGAGAAAACCUAUAUUUUACAUGGAAUUCAGAAAGAUUACCGCAAUGAUGGACGCACUAACAGCGAUUACCGUCCAAUGGAACUAGAAACGGACGUCGUAGUUCAUGCGAUGGGAUCAGCUCGGUUGCGAUUAGCCAAUACCGAUAUAUUGGUGGCUGUGAAGGCCGAUAUCGACGUUCCCUUGCCAGAUCGGCCAAAAGAAGGCCGGUUGGAAUUUUUCGUAGAUUGUUCUGCCAAUGCAACACCUGAUUUUGAGGGCCGGGGCGGUGAAGAAUUAGCCACCGAGAUUGCAAAUACCCUGUCCAAAGCUUAUCUCUCACAACAAGCUUUUGAUUUGAGUCCGCUGUGUAUUCUGGCAAGGUUGCAAUGCUGGAAAUUGUAUAUUGAUAUUUUGAUCCUCGAAUGUGGCGGAAACCUGUUCGAUGCUGUGUCAUUAGCGGUGAAAGCAGCCUUGUCCAAUACAAAGCUACCGAGGGUUUCGUCGGCUGAACUGGAUGGAGGUGCGAUGGACAUCAUUCUCACGGAUGACCCGUACGAUUGUGAGCGCUUAAACAUCCAGUCUGCUCCUCUGUUGGUGACGGUUUGUAAAAUCGGAGAUCACAGUGUCAUCGACCCCUCGGCUGAGGAAGAAGAAUGCAGUGCCAUCAGUGUUGUCGUUGGGGUUUCUUAUAGCAAGGAAGGCGAAGGUUCCAUCACAUCUAUAAGAACAUCUGGAGAAGGUUCCUUCCACGCUGAUACGUUGAACAAAAGUUUGGAUCUUGGAGUAAGUGCCGGUGCUUAUCUCAACAAUGCACUUAUGGCAGCGCUCAAGUCAGACGAGGAGAAAAAUACGAAACCUUUGGGCGAGAAAGAUAUUUUUGGAUUUCUUAAAUAAAGGUAUCUUGUUGAA